UUCCGGGGCGGAAUGACCUGAAGCCGGCCUCAUGACCCAGGCGCUCGUUGGGAACGGUUUGAGCGAGCAGUUUAAAGAGCUGCUGCGGAGGAGGGAGCCCAUUGAGACCUUGGUCACCAACGGAGAAUCGCGGAGAAUUUGGGCCAAAGAAGAGCGUCCCUCCUAUCAAGCGGAAGAAGUUGAGAAGAGGAUCAUCGAGCCGCAAGCGCUUGAGAAUGCUUUGGCCAAGGAGUUCUUGCCGCCGCUUAUAGUUCGGGUCUUGCCGGCCACGCAAGAUCUCACUGUGGAUGAGACCACGGUCUAUGCGAAGGAGGUCUUACUUGCAGGCCUUCGUGGACAGGAUACCAUUGAAAUGCUCAAAGAGAAGCUCAUCAAGGAUGGGAUCACCGAUGGACCUCCCCGGGUGUUUCUACCUCCACACGAGCUGCGGGAUGAGAUGAAGCUGGGGGAGUGCUACGUGCAGUGGACAGGCUUUGGCCUAGACAACUGGCCGCCUAAGUUCGUGGUGAAGCCUGAGCUCAAGGGCUUUGAGCUGGUGGUCAGUGUGCCUGCUUACGACACGACGGUGUGGGAGCAGGUGAAGGGCCAGAAGAAGCUGAAGAAGUACACCACAAGGCGCCUCAUUCUGGACCUCCGGCCUCACGACAACGUCGGAGUGGUGAAGCGCAUCGUUGAGCAGCGACUUGGAAUUGCAGUUGCUCAGCAGAUCCUUUCGGCCGAAGUGGCCGGCGAUCUCUUUGGGGCACCAGGACACCAUACCUAUUUCGUGGACCUGGAGGAUGAUGCCCAGACCAUGCAAGAAUACGCCAUUGAUAGGUUUGGCCUUGGCAUUUACCUCAGGGUCAACAGGUUCGAUGAGAACGGGGACUUCGGCUUUGAUCACGCGGAGUUUCUGGAAGAAGAUCACCACCAAGAUGGGUGCACCUGAUCCACCAGCAGAGACAGGCUGCAGGCAGGUGGAGAACACGAGAUAGUUUCCCUCCGAGUCCAUUGCGCAGACCUUUGAGGCUGCCUUUUCCUACCGCUGUGUUUUGUGCCCUGCACGAGCGUGCAGUAGAUCCUUUGGCACGAAGUGCUUGGGCGAUCUCUUCGGGGCAGGAGAUCACCUCGAUCGGAGGCGCUCACCUUCCCUGGUCACAAGGUCAAAGCAGAGUGCUUCACGAGGACAAAACACAAAGAGGCUGACCUUACAGCUUGGCUCACAGUCUAUGUUCCUGUUCAAUUCGCGGGGGAGGCUCCAACUCUAUUGUUCUUGCAGAAUGAUGUGUUGUGAUCAACAACCCAAAGAAGUUGUAGGGAUUUCUGCGCUGCGACCACUGGUACAGUCGGUUCUGUGGUCGGGCCAAUUGUAAAAUAUUGUAAAGACGAAGAUUGUUCAAGGAGCGAUUUCAUGCGGGAGUGUCACAGCUAAAUUACGCCUUUGCAGUUUUUGCGUUUGCCGCAGUUGCUACAGAAGUAUACACACUGUCAAGCACACACUCAUGGAUAUGCGUACUGACUUGACAGCGGUGCCACACGCCGGCCUAGGGUUCCAUUUCCUAAGA